GUCAGUUAUAUUAUAUAUCUCGUGCAAACGGUAGAAUUUUGAGUGCGUCGAUAUAAUGCAAUGCUGGCCUUGCUGGGAGUAGCGGUAAAUCGUGAUUCAGCUCGAGAGUAACUGAGAUCGUGAACGUCUGACCGGUGAGAAAUUGAUUUUUAGAACAGAUUUUGGGAGUUGUGUUUCUGAAGCAAUAUAAGACAUUUUAACUGAUGAAAUUUCACAAUUUUAUAAAGAUGCAUGCAUGACGAUUAUAAAACUAAUAAUUAUAGUUUAAUAAAUACUGGGUCUUGUAUAGAGCCACCUUGAAUGCGAAUUAAAAAAACAUGGAUUAGACUAAUAAUUAUUAAUCUAUUUCAGUCUUUAGAUAACAAAUUGGCGUGAAAACGUAAAAUAAUUCAGUUUUUAAGUCAGACCCCUAUAUAAACGGCUACAAUGCAAUGUUUCAGCAUCCCCAACCAAGGCAUUUGCCGUCUUUUUAAAACGCCUUAAUAUUUGACCAUGGCCCAUAGCUAUAGCAAUGCAGGUAUAAACAAGAACAUUCUAUACUAUGCAUGAACACUGUCAUGCAGGAAUGUUCUUAUACAGCAUACUAUAUAGCUGUGUAUAUUAAUAUCUGGAACUCAUUACAAAAAGGACGCGUACACGGCUUUAUAAUAUACACAUGCACAUGCAAAAACGAUGAAUACUGACAGGUAUUGCAGCGUGGCAAAAAGUCAAAAACAGUAUACAGCUACUAUAUAUAAAUAUAUACAAUAGAACUACAACGACGCACUAUAUAGGUCCAGAACUUUAGGCUUAGCUUCUUCAUAAAUUCUGGAUUCCGUUCAGUAUAUAAUACGCGAGACUCGAAAUAAAAAAUCACAUAAUUAUUUCUCAAUUUGCUAUACAUGCAUGUUCAUGCAUAUAACUACGCCUGCAGUUGUCCUUUUUAACCGGACUGAAUGACAGAAGCUUGAAGGUUUUGUUCAAGAUACGAUUGAUUUUAUAGGUUCGUGCGUGCGUGCGUGAAACACGCAUGUAUAACUGGAAAAUCGUGCAACCAGUCCAUGAAUUAACCCCUUUUAAUGUCGCGUCUUUACGCACGUUGGAAGAAAUACAUUAUAUGGUCACCAGAGGCGCAGUCAAACAAGUCAUUUUUUAAUUUACAUUUCUAUAAAACGCCCAAAACAAUCAGUAGAAUUCAGCCGCAAAAAAUUAAGCGAUGUGUAAAAGGGCUCAUUUCCAUGCACUCAUCGCCAAAACGACUCGCAUAAUCUCGCUGAGAAUGCUUGCAUCUACUAAAAUCAAGAUCCAAGACAUAUAUAGAUUGAAUAAAACCCUCGCAACGCCAACGGCAACGAGCUUGAAAAUUGGACAUUGCGACGAGUAAAAAAACUGUUAAAAAGCCCGUCAACUGGCGCUAGAGGUAACAAGUCAUGAACAAAGGCGUAUACUACAUAUAGAUAAACGUUCAUUCGCGGCUUUGCCGGCCAAAAAUACAAGUACUUUAUAUUUGAAGUACAUAUAGGACAAUAAUUCAACACAAAUUACAUGAACGAGUUAUAAACUGUUUAAAUAUUAACCAUUUUGCUAUUGAAAUUUGAAUACAGUUUUACGAACCCCUACUGUCUUCAGUUUCCCGAGCGCGUCCAAAACAAAGCCUGCUGAUAUAGCUAGUGCUUUUAAAACGUCAAUUGGACGCUCUAUAUUAAGCAUAUAGCCCAUGGCAAUGUAACUAAUGCCAAUUUUCAACAAUGAAAAGACAAUACUUGGUAUUCACCAACUUGAGAAUAAAAGAACGAUUUUUGAAACGGUUUAAAGUAUUGAUCAACAAGAAUGAAAACGCUGGCAGGUUAUAUUGACAUAUUGCCGGACACAGCCUGGGAAUAAACUUUCGACGGUUCGACCUGCCUCAUGCACUGCCAUUAGAAUCAAAUAGAAGAAAAUUAAAAAGUUGGUCUCAACCUUUAGAUACAAGAUAUUACGGAAUGAUAUGAAGUUACAUGCGAUAUAGAAUCAUUGCGAUAAAUUUCAGUUUUACGACGAAACUCAGAAUCCAAUUUUCCCGGACAGACGAAGAUAUGCAAGCAUGCAAGAUGCAAUCUUUUCCAAGUUGAAAAAAAGUUGCAGAUGACAUAAAACCACGAAAGCAUGAAAGACCGUUUUCAUCAAAAGAACCUAUCGGGCUACUCCAGCUUCGAACUUUUCCUUUACGAGUUACUUGAUCAAUUUCUAAUCCUAUUCAUCGUCUCGCCUUCUGCCGUCCUAGUUUGGCGCGGAAGUUGGAAAUUUUUUGACGAAUUCUUGUUCCGUGACUAUCUACUGCUUAGCGGAUGGGUCUCGGUUGGAAUCGGGUACAUCUUCAUCCUAAUGACAUUCUUCUUCAUCGAGUGGAAAGGUGGCGAUCUGAAACUUUUUGAAAAACACACGGAGUGGCGCUGGUUUAUGUAUCCGCUCAGCAUAUCCGUGUUGCACGCCUGGCGUGGAGUUUGGAUGUUACUUGAUAUUUAUUUUCCACCGACUGGUUAUUCAUUACUGAUUUCACAUGUUGUAUCAUUCAUAGUCCUCAGCCUAACGAAGACUGUAUCAAAUUCCAUGUUCAUACCAGCAUUCUAUUCGAGCGACUAUUGCGUCACUCCAUUUCAUAUAGGAACUGCAUUCGGCACCGCAAAUACACGUACUAACAUAUUUUACAAAAUCUUCGAUUACUUAUUCACAAUGACAGUCAUAACAAUAUCAACAGUAGCCUUUUGGCGAUCAAGCUGGACAGCUCUAAAUAUUUACCUGUUUCCCGAACAUGAGGCGUUCUCGAAUUUUUUAUCCAUGAUACUUGGAUACACGAUAAUCGUGUCGUUCAAGUUCGUCGAGGGAUUGCUUAAAUCUUUAGCCGAGUGCUCGAAAGUUAUCACGUUUAUACUUCAAGCAGCGUUUUGUUAUUCCAUGGGAUUCGCCGCCAUAAAUUUGUGGAGAGGCACAUGGCAGAUGAUAGGACUGUUUGUCUUUCCAGAUCGCAUUGUACCUGUGGCGAUAAUCUCACAUUGUCUUGGCAUGUUGAUACUUUAUUUAAGUCAUAGCGUUGUGAACCUUAUCGGCUGCCCUUGUGGCACGAGAGUAGACUCUCUAGAAACAUUGAGUGCGUUCGACACGACCGUAGGAACUGUUAUACAUCUCUCAAAGAGGGAGGUAGAAUCUGCAGACGCCGAGAAAGACGAAGAGGAGCAUAGUUUUAGGAAAAAGUUGAUCGUUAGAACGUCUUCAGAAACUGAUAACGGCACGACCACUACGGUCAUUAAAUAGUUAGAAUUUGGUAUAUAUAUGGGUAGGAGGUUUCGAGUGCUUUUAUAACAUUCCGGGAAAAUUACCCAGGUUCAAGGACACGGUCCGUGUGAAUGCGAAACUCCGUUAAACGAUGACGAAAUCUAUCAAAGGAAGAAAAUCGCGACUUAAAACAAGCGAUGACACUUACCAUAAAACUCUUCCUUUCUUUUACCAACGAGCAACUUUAUCUUGUAUUUUGAGUCCUUUCAUGUGUGCCGGUAUUUUGCAGGUUGAUAAUUUAUGCAAUACGUUUUAAGACAUGUGAUGGAAGGCAUCGUUUUUUAAACAUCACAUUUCAGUUCGUUUCACACAAGAGCCAGAAAUUGACAAGGAUAUUUCGACUACAUUUCAAAAAGACUUGAAAAUUAUAAUGACUUUGAAAUAAUGUCGAAAUAUUUCUGUGAAUUCUUGUCUCACAUCUUAGGAUUACAAUAAAUAUUAUAUGGAUUUUUGAGAUGGAAGUCUAGAGGAAAAUCAUUUACACGAGGCAUAUUACACUGCCUCCAAAUAGAAGUUUAUUUUCUGUAAUUAAAUGUAACUAAAUAAGAGAAUCAGAAUAUGGAGGAAU